AAAUAUUUUUUAGUACAAACAGAAGAGUGGGGAGUGUAACAAGGAGAGAAAAUCAGAAUUUAAUCUUCUACAAAAAUCAAAUGAAAUCAAAGCCAGAUGGUGACACCAUUGAAAAUAUCUUGAGCGUCUGGAAAGGGAACUAUAGAUUGUUGGAGAAAAACCAUAAUUAUAUACAAUGGUUGUUCCCCAACAGGAGACCUGGUAUCAACCCACAUGCUGCCACCCUUACAGACAAAGAAGCACAGAUAAUCCGAGAGACACCUGAAUUGAGAAACAGAGUGAAACGCGCUUUUGAAAUGAUGCUGGACUUUUAUGGCAUGGAGCUCGAUGGUACAAAUUUUAAACUGACGUGGAAUUGCAAGGAAAGACUGCAAGAACUUAACAAGUGGGGCAACCACAAUUUCCUUCGAAUUUCAAGAAUCCUGUUGGCUCUCAAAGAACUUGGUUCUUUUCAUUUUCCCUUGCUUUCUUUCUUAUCCUCUAACUUUUAUUCUUUGCACUUUCUUUCUGUAGCCUUUUCCCAAUAUUCCUUGUCAUGUGGCAAUAAAAAAAGUAGUUGA